AAUCAUAUUCAAAAAGGUUCAAUACAGAACCACAUACAACACAAUCUGCAACAAUCUGCAGAAUCAUUUAGUUAGUUUGAGCUAUUUUGCAACUAAAAUGUACCUAAGCAUACGUUAAAACAUAAGUCAUACACUUAAUUUGAUGAAAAACAUACUUUUGUUUAAGUCAUAAUAAAGUACAAUAAAUAUAGUAUAAUAUAAAAUGUGUAACUUUGAAAAUAUACUAUUCAAAAUACAGAAAAGUAUGUUUUUGGGAUGUUUCCAGUUCCAGUUUCCAGUUACACUACUGAUUUUAUUGAUGCUACUGAUACUUAAGCAUGCUUCUUCAUCGCAAGCAUUUUGUCUGAAAAGAAGAUAGAAUAAUUAUAUUUAUUGCUACUUUAUGGGCUAAAGUAUAAAUAUAAUCACUGACCAACUCAAAGUAUAUUUUCUAUAACAUCAUUAAUCAAAAUAAAACAUUAGGUCCCAUCACUGGUCACUGUGGUGAUGAUUAGGGUGGCCACACUGCUGCGUGUAUUUUCCCUGUUAAUGCUGACAGCAUGGACGGUGUCAGUGUGAGUAAGUGUGGGAGGCUGCUUCUCAGUGCUAAAGGUCACUAUCUAGACCUGCUUUAACUGCAGGCGACCCCUCCACAGCCACAGACACAGUUCCACUGCCCUCAGGAUGAAGCUGAAGCUGCCGAACCCCGGCCUGGAGGAGCGCAUCCCCUCCCACGCUGAGCUGGAGAAGAUGGAGGAGCUCCAGGCUGGAGACCGGCCGCAGUGGGACAACAAAGCCCAGUACAUGCUGACCUGUGUGGGCUUCUGUGUGGGACUGGGGAAUGUCUGGAGGUUCCCCUACCUCUGUCAGAGCCACGGAGGAGGAGCAUUCAUGAUUCCGUUCCUGCUCCUCCUGGUUCUGGAGGGGAUUCCUCUGCUGCAUCUGGAGUUUGCCAUUGGACAGAGGCUAAGGAAGGGCAGCGUUGGAGUCUGGAGGUCCAUCAAUCCUUACUUAGCAGGAGUUGGUGUAGCGUCCAUGCUUGUGUCCUAUAUGGUCGGAAUGUACUACAACACCAUCAUAGCCUGGGUCUUGUGGUACUUCUUCAACUCCUUCCAGGAUCCAUUGCCCUGGAGCCAGUGUCCCGUCAAUGAAAACAGAACAGAUCUGGUGUCAGAGUGCGCCCGCAGCUCUCCCGUGGACUAUUUCUGGUACAGGGAGACUCUGAACACUACGAGUAAGAUCGAGGACUCAGGUGGGCUGCAGUGGCCAAUGGUGUUGUGUCUGAUUGCAGCUUGGAUGGUUCUCUGGGUUUGCUGCAUCCGAGGCAUCGAAACCACCGGCAAGGCUGUGUACAUAACAUCAACUCUUCCCUACAUGGUUCUCACCAUCUUCCUGAUUAGAGGGUUGACCCUCAAAGGCUCCAUGAGUGGGAUAAAGUUCCUCUUCACUCCAGAUUUAACCGAGCUGUUGAACCCGUCUACGUGGCUGGAUGCCGGAGCUCAGGUGUUCUACUCAUUCUCUCUAGCCUUUGGAGGCCUGAUUGCUUUCUCCAGCUACAACCCCAUCCAUAAUAACUGUGAGCAGGAUGCUGUUAUCAUCUCCAUCAUCAAUGGGCUCACCUCUGUCUACGCUGCCAUAGUGAUCUACUCCAUCAUUGGCUUCCGAGCCACGGAGAGGUUUGACGAGUGCCUCAGUGGGAACAUCAUGGCCCUCCUGAACGUGUUUGAGCUUCCUGAGGGAAACAUCACAGAGAGUAACUACACUGAAGCCCUAAAGAUCCUCAAUAGCACCGAACCAGAACUCAUUCAGGGCCUCAACCUGAAGAUCUGUGACAUGCAGGUUCUGCUUAGCCAGGGAGUGGAGGGUACUGGCCUGGCCUUCAUCGUCUUUACAGAGGCCAUCACCAAGAUGCCCAUCUCUCCUCUCUGGUCCGUGCUCUUCUUCAUCAUGCUCUUCUGUCUGGGACUGUCCACCAUGUUUGGCAGUGUAGAAGGGGUUGUGGUUCCUCUACAGGACCUGAACAUCUUCCCCAAGAGCUGGCCUAAGGAGGCCCUAACAGGAAUCGUCUGUCUGGCCUCCUUUGCCAUCGCUCUGAUCUUCACCCAGCGCUCUGGUGAGUACUGGCUGGCUCUGUUCGACGGCUUCGCUGGAUCCAUCCCUUUACUCAUCAUCGCCUUCUGUGAGAUGAUGGCUGUGUCUUAUGUCUACGGAAUAGACAGGUUCAAUAAAGACAUCGAGUUCAUGAUCGGACACAAGCCCAACUUCUUCUGGCAGGCCACAUGGAGAGUUAUCAGUCCGCUCAUUGUUCUUAUUAUCUUCCUCUUCUACCUCGUCUCCACGGCUACCAAAGAGCUCACCUACAUCGCCUGGAACCCUGCGUCUGAUAAUUUCCCCACGUUGGAGACUCUGUUCUACCCACAGUGGAUCUACUUCAUCAUCUUCAUCCUGUCUGGAGUUCCUGCUCUGUUCAUUCCUGUAAUAGCUUCAUGCAGACUGAUAAAGAAGCACUGCUGUAAGAGGGAAGAAUCACACAGGCUGGAAAUCAGCUCAGUUUCAGCUCAGAUACAGACAGUCGAGCUAAGAGAACGACAGAUCACCACUGAGUAGAACACAGCAGGCUGCCCAGCCUCACUGUCCACUCAGAGAGAAGUCAUGUCAGGAAUGUUAGAGGACUUUUACAUGGUGUACACAUUUCAUGAUAACUGGACCAACAGAAAUGCAGCAAAAUUACUUGGAAUAAAAUCAAGCUGCGUUGAGUUGCAUUAAAAGUUAAGA